AUGGAGGAAGAGGCUAGAAAUUUAGAUGCGCAGAUUACAAAUGAUUUAAAUGUUGUUGGUGAAGAAAUAAUCAAUGACACAUUGAAAGGAACAUUUAUCAACUGUCAAACAAUGGCGUCAAUGACACACGAGGAAAAAGCAUCCGAAGCACGGCCUAUCGAAUCCAGUGAAGACGAAGACGAACCAGAAAAUGAUUUGUCAUGUGGGCCAUCAUCUUUUGGUGAUGAAGAUGAAAGAAAAAACCUUACAGAAAAUCUAGAUUUAGAUGAAAUCGAGGAGGUCGUUGCUGCUGUGGCUGGAAUAAAUCCAUACCAGUUCGAACCAUACGCUUCGGACUCCGAGACCACUGAGAAUGAGGAGGGAGAAAAUCCAGAAGAAAAUAGACUUCAAGACAAUUCUUGGUAA